CUUUGACUUCCCAAACUAACCAUUAUGGACAGAUUGUUUUUUUCUUCUUGUCACUAAACAUUUUAAGAACCUGCACUUUCCUGGUCAAAAAAAAUAUAUUCUAUAAUUCAUAAUGAUGAUGAUAAUUACUGUUUUAUUGUCUGUAAUUAAAAGAAAAUAAAAGUUUUUCAAAUUUGGUUAGUUAGAUUACAAGAAAAUAUUUUCUCUCCAAAAAGAGAGAGUGACUAAAUCCAUAUUUCCUUGAAAUGAUUUUUACAGAGAAUCUAUUUAUAAAGUAUUGAAGACAGAAGAUUUUAUUAAAUAGAAACCUGUCUGAACCGAUCUCUCGUCUUCUCUCUCUCUCUCCAUUGAUAGAAAAAAAAAGUCUCUUUCUCUCCGUAGAUCUUGGACAGAAGCGCACGACAUACAUCGGGGAGAAGCUUACAACUGUUGAGAACCCAUAUCUUCCAAAUAUCUUGCUGUACAAGUUAUCUAUAUUUGCAAGAUGUCAAGGAAUGAUGUGGAGUACAGUUAAUAAGAACGAGUCGUAACGGCCGAGUAGGAACGAUUUAGGUUACUAUUCUUAGAUAAUCCAGGAUCCGAGAUCCGUUAUCCGAUUCGAUUUUCAUUUUUUUUGCUCUUCAGACAACUCAUUUGAUUUCUAAGGUAAAUUCCGACAACUUUCUUCUUUACAUCCCUAAACGGUCAAACACUGUCUUAAAUCUUUCUCCUCGAUUCUGUCGUUUUCUUCUUCAGAUCUUUGUCUCGAUCUCAGUUUCAUUGUCACGGUUCUUACAGCGAUCCUCCUCUGUACAAGAACCAAACAAAAUGGGCGCGCAGAUCGUACUGUGUGAUGGCUUCGAGGUGGUUUCUCCGCCGGAGAUGAGCGACCUGAUCCUCUUCGGAAGCGACCAAUCUAGCGGCUCAAACUGCGGCGAAUCAACGGUCACCACCGAAGAAGACGGCACUGUUUUCUCCGGAGAUAGCUCACCGGGAGGUGCAGCUGAAGAUGAAUGGCCUGAAGCUAAGCCUUUCUCCUUCUACUUCGUUAAGAGACCAGCUUAUGAUGAUCCCGAGAUCAAAGCCAAGAUCAAUGAAGCUGAUUCACAGAUCUAUCACUGUAAUAAACUCCGGAUUGAUAUCUCAAAUGCUCAAAAAUCCGAAAGGGCUGAGAUUUCGUCUUUGUAUGCUCAAAUGGAGAGUUUGGGUCCAAAAUCAGAAGGAUAUAAAAUGGUUUUCGACGAGAAGAAGAAUGAGUUUGAUACUCUACAUGAAGUUCUACGGAAUCAACGGUGCUCUAGCAGUAGCCAGCUUAGCUUUUCAAAGGAGGAACUCAAUCAUCUUAUCUACAUAGCACAUUACGUUAUUGAACAUGGAAACAUUGGUUUGGAGGAAGAACAUUGGGUGCUUAAAGAAACCGAGAAGCCUAGUGAGAUAGUAUUAAGUGAGGAUUCUCUUGCAGAGAAAGAAGCUUCCAUACAACGUCUCAAGUUAAUGGCUGUGGAAAUGAACGAAGUGAAGAAAGAGCUUGAAGCCAUUACAUGGAACAUUAACUGCUUGAGUGACAAACUAAGACAGAUUCAGAACAAGAUCAUGAUGUUGGACGUAGAAAUGGCGCACAUACUUGAGCUACGAGACAGAUCGUAUGAAAGGAUUAAGAUGCUGAGGAUCCAACGAGACAAAGGGAAUGCUGCGUGUUUCCAGAGCCUUGCUGUUAUGAGGAAAGCUAAAGAACUAGCUGCUUCUGGAAACGUUAGAGAUCUUGAAGUGCUCUCUAGCUCCGAGGUUGAUAGAUUCAUGACUAGUUGGAACAAUGACAAGGCUUAUAGAGAUGAUUACGUAAAAAGAAUAUCACCAUCACUCUACGAAAGACAGCUGAGUCUAGAUGGACGGAUUAGAGAUCAAGAAGGUGAAGCUCAGGUUGUUCAAGAAAAGCAAGCCUUAUUGAAGAAUGGAGAGGAAGGUAUGGUGGUAAUGCACAAGAGGAACAGAGAAGAGUCCAGCUCCAACUCGUCUCAAGAUGAAAAUGUAGUCACCGCUAAACAAAAGAAAGAAGUGAGGAAGAAGGUGAUAGACUUCAACAGGUCAAGUGAUGAGGAGAGUGUAGUUAUAGACUUGGAGUUCCCGGUGUAUGAGAAUCCGAAAAAAGAAGUAGAAGAGGUUGAUGAAGAGACUUUGAAGGAGAGAAAACGAGAAGAGCAGCUAGAGAAAGCUAGAUUAGCUAUGGAAAGGAAGAAGAAGCUACAAGAGAAAGCUGCUGCUAAGGCUGCUUUAAGAGCUCAAAAGGAAGCUGAAAAGAAACUCAAGGAGUGUGAGAAGAAAGCUAAGAAGAAAGCUGCAGCAAACUCUUCUGAAGUAGACCAAUCACAAGAAGUAACCAAUGAGCUGGAGAAGGUCAAGACUUCAGCAGUUCAUAGGUCGUUGUUUCGAAAGCAGAAAAGUUUCAGGUACAAACACCGUGGGAGAGGAACAGAAGCUCUCCCUAAAGCCAUCCUAAACCGUAGAAGGGCACAUCAAUACUGGGUUUGGGGAGUUUCAUCUGCUGCACUUGCUCUCGCUCUCUCCCUUGGCGUUUUAUUUUUACGGUGAAUUGAAGGAAGGAAAGACACACUACAAGGGUAUUGACUUUAUCUGGUUGGAGAGGAAGAGCUGCUUCAUAGACUUUCAAAGUUAUCUUAUAGUGUCAUAACCCUUAGAUGUUAGUUUGAUAUGUUUCUUUUAAUGUUGUCUGAAAAACAAGAAACAUUCACUUUAUAGUGAACAUUGUGGACUGAAAAUCCACUUAAUAGUUAUUACAGUCAAGAAACUCGACUGAUUACAUUUCCUGAGAUAUUACAAAUAAUAUCAACAAGUCUCAAUUUAUCUGUCUUGUUACAUGUGACAUAAAAGCUAAAUCUAGUUCUUGCAGAAUGGUGUAACAACUAGUUUGAGAAGUUUCAGUAGUUUUUCUAAUGCUCCUCUACUUUUACUCUAGUCUUUCUUUAUCUUUGCAUACGAUAGUUUCGACUCUUUGGUUAU